CCAAAGCUUUUUUUUUCUCUCUCGGAUUCCUUCUUCUUUUUGAUUUUUUUUGCUAAGUGUUGGUUCUGCGUUAAUUCAACGCUGCUUUUAUUGUAUUUUGGUUAAGUAAGAGUGGAGUUCCCAGUUGGAAAGUAUUUGAUUUGGGUUCCAUUUGCUUAUUAAUACUUCGUUUAGUUCUAAUCUUUCAGUGGAGUUUCAAUUUUUGCCUAAAGAUAUCGUGAGGUUGUUGGAGGCUGGAUUCCAAUAAGAUAAUAAUUUACGGAGCUCGAAGAAGGAAGAGGUUUGGACAACCGGAGGACUAUGGAUGGGAAGGAGAAUAAUGGUUCAAACAAGGUUGUUAUUCCUAAAUGUUGCUUGAAGGCUAGGGUAUAUGAUCCUGAACUUGAAGCCAAUUGUCACUCCACUGUUGUUUCAGGAUGGUUCUCUCAACCUCCCUCAUCAUUUGAUGGAAAAGAGAAGGUACUGUACUUCAACAAUCCAAUGUGGCCAGGAGAAGCACAUUCCCUGAAAGUAGAAAAGGUUUUAUUCAAGGGAAAGUCAGAAUUCCAGGAGGUUUUAGUUUUUGAGUCUGCAUCCUAUGGAAAAGUUCUAGUGCUAGAUGGCAUUGUUCAGUUGACCGAGAAAGAUGAAUGUGCCUAUCAGGAGAUGAUAGCCCAUCUUCCUCUUUGUUCAAUCAAAUCUCCUAAGAAGGUUCUAGUUGUUGGGGGUGGUGAUGGUGGAGUUCUAAGGGAAAUUUCUCGACACAGCUCUGUGGAGCUGAUUGAUAUUUGUGAGAUUGAUAAAAUGGUUAUUGAUGUGAGUAACAGAUCCAAGAUACAUGAAUUGGUGCUUUUGUUGAGUUUCAUUUUAAAUAUGUUGUAUUUUCUUGUGUUGCAGGUCAGUAAAAAGUAUUUCCCAGAUUUGGCUAUUGGCUUUGAGGAUCCUCGUGUCAAUCUUCAUGUUGGUGAUGCUGUUGAGUUUCUGAAGAACACACCUGAAGGGAAGUAUGAUGCUAUCAUAGUUGAUUCAUCAGAUCCUGUAGGUCCUGCGCUAGAGCUUGUGGAAAGACCAUUCUUUGCAACGAUAGCCAGGGCAUUAAGGCCUGGCGGUGUACUUUGCAACAUGGCAGAGAGCAUGUGGCUUCAUACUCAUCUUAUUCAGGAUAUGAUCUCAAUUUGCCGUGAAACAUUUAGUUCUGUUCAUUAUGCAUGGGCCAGUGUUCCUACAUAUCCUAGUGGCGCUAUUGGGUUUCUUCUGUGCUCAACUGAGGGACCAUCUGUUGAUUUUAAGCACCCUGUUAAUCCUAUUGAGAAAUUAGAGGGCGCUCUUCAGCAUCAGCGGGAACUUAAGUUUUACAAUUCUGAGAUGCAUGAAGCUGCUUUCGCAUUGCCGUGCUUUUUAAGGAGGGAGGUGAGCGGUCUCGGUGAUGGCCCACGCUCUGCAGGAGUCAAGAUUUAAGUUGUUGCAUUAUCUAUGAAACUAUUACCCAUUUCUUUUCCUUGCUGCUCUAGUAAACUGGUUGAUAUCCUUCCCACUUGUCACACGCGUAGGCAGCAGGAAAUGUAGAUGCGGCUAUUUAUCUGUGUGGUUUGUAUUGGUAUUUGAUAUUGAAGACAUUAACAUGUAAUAUGCAGGUUUCAGUACUGCUAUAUCUAUUGU